UCCGUGAGCAUUACAUGAGGCUUCCACAAGGAGACAAAUGUCAAGUGACUUACAUCUGGAUUGACGGAAAUGGAUGGGGGCUAGGCAACAUAACCCGGACCCUGGACGCUGAACCCAAAAGUAUACAAGUUCCUGAAUGGUACUUUAGUGGGCCAAACGACUUAUCCCGGCGUGCAUGUUCAAAGAUCCUUUCAAUCUUGACCCAAACAAACUGGUUCUCUGUGAACUUUUCAACGACACCAACCUUGCUGCAGAAGCAAACCAUCGAAUGAGCUGCAAGAAAGUCAUGGACCAGGUUCAAAAACAUCAAUUAUUAUUUGCUAUCAAGCAGGAAUACACACUUACCACAAUUGAUGGGCAUCUGUGUGGUUGGCCUCAAAAUGGAUUCCCUGCAUCCCAAGAUCCCAAAGCUGCUGGACGAGACAUCGUAGUGUGUCACUACAAGGCAUGUCGCUACGCUGGCAUCAACAUCUUUAGAACAUAUGAGAAGGAUAAGCCUUGGCAAUGCGAGUUCCAGAUUGGACUCUGCGAAGGUAUUGAGAUGGGUGAUCAACUAUGGGUUGCACGCUUCUUGUUGCACCGUGUAUGUGAAGAUUUUGGGGUUGUUGCAGCACUGAAUCCAAAACCAAUAAAGGGAAACUGGAAUGGCUCUGGUGGCCACACUAAUUUCAGCACUAAGCAGAUGAGAGAGGAAGGAGAAAGUUGUCUUGUUGUUGACCAUUUAAUGAAGAAUCCAGGUGGGAGACGUUCAAGAUACAUUGAGGAGGCCAUGAAGAAGUUGAAUGUGGAGCAUAUUAAAGUGAGCGAUCCACAUAGCGGUCAGGACAACAUGAGUCAUCAUGAGACCCCCAACAUGGACAAAUUCUCUACUGAAAUUUCAAACAGAGGUGCCAGCAUUCGCAUUCCUCACCAGGUGAUUCAAGACAAGAAAGGUGAAUCUUGUGACCAAGGCCAUCGCAAGCAUUUGCCUGCUUGAUGAUGAUGAAGAAAU